AUGGUGCCCAGAGGAACAGUAGACCCUGCAGAGAUGGGGGACCUGGAGGAUUUGCAGUGGGGGGAGUUGGGAGGGGAACAUGUAGGGGCUGAGUCCUGGUCCCUCCUCUACAAUGUGCCUUUUCCUCACCUUUUUCUUCCUGCUGACAUCUACAGCCCCUACCUCACCCAGAGACCACCUAAAGAUCUGUUACAGUCUGAGUUUCACAUCAAAAAAAGCCAGUUCCUAAAGACAGCCUCCCUAAACCCUGCCACCCUGCUCCUGGAUGAUGAGCCAUCAGAGCCACUCUAUGACUGUCUCAAAUUGUUUGAGUCUCUUAUCAACCUGAGAGCUGACCUCACUGACUGCCCAUGGCCGGACCCUGAUGAAGAAUUGUACACAGAUGGGAGCAGCUAUGUCUCAGAAGGAGUCAGCCUCCCCUCAGGCUCUCUCUGUGCUCUCUCCUCCCUGCCUCCCGCCUGCCCGCUGCACCCAGCUGGGGCCUCCACCCUGCUCCAGCUUGGACUGGCCAGGUGCAGCCUUGGUGCCCAGCUGUUCAGCCCCUGCCCUCCACCCUUCUCCACAAGACAACCUCAACCUUCCUUUGCUAAGCCCCUCAUCCACCACAUCUGCAUUCCCUUGGCCUCACCAGCUCCUUUGGCCCAGUUCCUGACCAUGGUGGACAGGCCUCGGGCAUUUGAUCUGACAAUGCAAAUCCUGCCCCAAUCUCCCUAUGUGAAACCCAAAGCACAGGAAGGUGAUAAGUUGCUGAAAGGUGAGGAGUGUGCACCCCACUCCCAGCCAUGGCAAGUUGCCCUCUAUGAGCAUGAACUCUUUAACUGCAGUGCUUCCCUCAUCUCCCCACACUGGCUGCUCUCUGCGGCCCAUUGCCAAACCCGCUCCAUGACAGUGUGCCCAGGUGAGCACAACCUGUGUAAGCAUGAUGGACCAGAGCAACUGUGGGCUGUUUCUUGAGUCAUCCCACACCCUGGCUACAAAGCAUGCAGUCACCACCAUGAUGUCAUGUUGCUGCGGCUGGCCCGGCCUGCACGCCGGACCCGCCAGGUGUGCCCUGUGACGCUACCCACACGUUGCCCUAGCCCAGGUGAGGCCUGUGUGGUGUCUGGAUGGGGCCUGGUGUCCAAAAACGAGCCUGGGACCAUAGGGAGCCCAGAAUCACAAGUGAGUCUCCCAGAUACACUGCAUUGUGCCAACAUCAGCAUUAUCUCAGACACAUCUUGUAACAAAGACUACCCUGUCGGGCACUUGAUGAACAGCAUGGUGUGUGUAGGAGCAGAAGGUGGAGGCACAGAGGUCUCCUAUGAGGGUGACUCUGGGGGACCCCUGGUCUGUAGGGGUGUCCUACAGGGCAUUGUGUCCUGGGGUGACAUCCCUUGUGACACCACCACCAAGCCUGGUGUCUAUACCAAAGUGUGCCACUACUUGGAGUGGAUCAGGGAAAUCAUGAAGAGGACCUGA